AUGCCAGCAGAGAUUUUACGUCUUGAGCAGAAAGCAAAUAAAGUUUGGUCGACACACGAUGCAGAGCGGGCGCUGACGUCUGAGGAGCAGAGAGCCCUUCGAGACAUCAUGGAGUUUCUCCAGGUUCAUCGCACUACUCUCAUGUCGAAGAGAAUUGAAGACUUGACCGACGAGAAACUUCAUCGCCUCUCUUGCAUGCAUCAGAAAGUCAGAGAGUGGGAGCAGGAUCGCGUUGUCAAGCUCUGCUCCAACGGCGCGCGCUCCAUCCUCGGCUUUAGCUCCAUGCUAGUGCUGGACCAAGAAAAGUUCGACGAUUACAUGACAACAUUUGGGGAUGUGCAAGCGUGGAGACCAGGAAUGCCAUUUUCAAGAUUGAAAAGGCCGAUGAAGGCGACGCGUGAGCUCCUUCGCCAGUGCGCUUUGAUGAAGAAUAUUGACGCAGACACAAGUUUGACAAAGUAUGUGUUCAGAGAGAACAAGGUGAAGUGCAACUGCCGUCUUCUGUUUUCUCAACGGUCUCUUUCACAAUCUUGA